AUGGUUGAUUGUGAAUUUCGAGAUGAUUCGGAUUGUCGUUUCGCUUCGGAUGACAUUAACAAUGACGAAGAUAUAUUAGAUGGAAUCGACAUACAAGGAGGAGGGUUUGUGGAGGCAAUCACUUCUGAGUUGUUAUUAAGAAAGGUUAAAUCUGACGAGGAAGCAUAUGAAUUGUAUAAUAACUACGCAUUCAAGCAUGGUUUUGGUACUAGAAAAGGAAAGAUAGCAUAUAGGGCUGAUGGGAAGACAGUUCGACAACGCAUGUAUUAUUGUUCUUGUUCUGGGUUUAAGAGUAAAAAAAACGUUGAGCCAAAGGCAUUUAGUAAGAAAGAUUUUCGAUGUGGAUGCAAAGCUCUUGUCCAGUUUGAUGUUGACAAAGACUCUGGUUUAUAUAUUCUUGUCAAACAUGUUAUGGAGCAUAACCAUUGUAGAAUACCUAUUUCUAAAAGGCACUUGAUAAGGUCUCAUAGAAAAGUGACACACGACCAACUUGCUAUGCUUAGUAACUUGACAGAAACAGGAAUACCUAUCGCGGAUGCAGUUCGUGUGUUGAAAAAGGAAGCUGGAGGUGAAUCUGUUCUGGGAUUCAUUAAGAGUGAUGCUUAUGAUGUGCUAGCUGCGCAGAAGAAAAAGAAACUUGAUGGUUGUGACUCUAAACAACUCAUUAAGUAUUUCAAUGAGAGAAAAGCAUAUGAGGUAGACUUCUACUAUGACUUUGAGCUGGACGAUGAAGGUCAUCUUGAGUGCUUUUAUUUUCGGGAUAGUAGGAUGAAAAUUGAUUAUGACGCAUUUGGGGAUUUAUUGGUACAUGACACUACAUAUCGUACUAAUAAGUAUGAUAUGAUAUGUGGUCCAUUUGUCGGGAUGAACCAUAAUAAUAAGAAUGUUAUGUUUGGCAUCGGUUUUAUCUUGAAUGAAAAAGCAGUCUCCUUUAUAUGGUUGUUCAAUACCUUUUUGAAAUCUAUGGGCGGGAAGCAUCCGGUUACCAUUAUGACUGAUCAAUCUGCAUCAAUGGCAAAAGCAAUUAGAGAAGUAUUCCCAAAUUCAAGGCAAAGAUUGUGUACUUGGCAUAUUGGUGAAAAUUCUAAGAAGAACAUUAAAAAGUUGAGAGCAAUGGAUGGAUUCCAUGAUUUGUUUCAACACUGUUUUGAAAUACACCGACACAAUUGCUGA